AUGACAACUAACAUGAUAGAAAAUAAGUAUAUCGACACGUCUGUACAGAAAGGUGGAAUCCCAGGAUUCUCUGGCUGCGUGGAGCACACUAGUGCGCUCACACAACUGCUACACGAGGCAAGAAUCAACCAAAAAGACCUUACAGUAGUAUGGCUAGACCUUGCAAAUGCUUAUGGCUCCAUACCCCACCAACUUAUUCUUGAGGCACUACAGCACUACCAUGUUCCAGAACAAGCAAGAAAUUUGGUCACAAGCUUCUUCAAUAACAUCCAUUUGAGGUUCUCAUGCAGUAGAUUUACCACAGAUUGGGUUCCACUGGAGAAAGGCAUUGUCACAGGAUGCACCAUCUCUGUCAUAUUGUUUGUUAUGGGUAUGAACAUGAUCAUCCGAGCAGCAGAGAGGGAAUCAAGAGGUCCACAGACAAAUGCCGGCAUUCGUCUCCCAUCCAAUAGGGCCAAGAAAGUCAAGGUGUUUGGUAGUGAGGAAGGGGAAAGUAACAGACAGAUUCAACUGACUAUACAGAAAGAAGAGAUUCCUUCGUUAGUCAACAACCCAGUAAAGUGUUUGGGAAAGUGGUUUGAUUCUACACUCAAGGACACCAAAAGCCAAGGACGACUAAAACAGCAAGUUGAAGAAGGGCUAAAGAGAAUAGACAAGUCAGAACUCCCUGGAAAGUACAAAGCAUGGAUCUUCCAGCACGGUCUUUUAGCUAGACUUAUCUGGCCAUUGAUAAUCAAUGAAAUCCCCAUCAGUUUAGUCGAGAAGCUGGAGCAGUCAGUUAGCAAGCAUCAAAGGAGAUGGCUAGGCCUCCCUCCAUCAUUCACCAGUUUAGGUUUAUAUAGCCGGUCAUCAAAACUACAGAUGCCAUUCAACUCACUGGUCGAAGAAUACAAAGUUGCUAAGGCACGUCUGCUGCUUACACUUAGGGACUCGUCUGAUGAGAAGAUCAGUGGAGCAGGAAUUGAAAUAAGAACUGGGAGGAAAUGGUCAGUUAAGCAGGCAGUAGACCGAGCUGAAAGUAGUUUAAAGCUCCAGGAUAUUGUAGGAACAACAAACAAGGGCAGAGAAGGACUAGGUAUCAGGUUAAAACAGAGAUGGAGCGAUUCUGAUAAAGUGGAGAGAAGAUCAAUGGUGCAGACAGAACUAAGGAGAGCAGAAGAUGAAACACGGUCAUCAAGAUCAGUCAAACUUGGUUCUCAGGGAAGCUGGAUGAAGUGGAACUUGCCAGAGAGGCAGUUAACCUGGCAGGAGCUGUUGAGUUAUGAGUUUUCUCCUUAG